UUGAGAUUUAUUAUACUUAAGUUCCAUGAAGCGGACAAGUGUGACCACUUCUAACCAAUAUUACUAACGACAGUUCCAGCCAUUUCUUCGAUUGUUUCAUAUCGAGUGUGAUGUUAUACAAAUAGUGACGUUACGCAAGGUUAAUACCAAAAUUUAUCAACCUGAUAAAAAGUAAUAUUCACCGAGACCGCAGCAAAACUUUACAAGUACUUCUUCGUCAACUAGAAAAAAAGAAAAACCAUAAGUGAUACAACAAACAUGUCUUGGACCUUUAAAAUACAGGGGAUUUAUUCACCUACGGACACUAAAUCGGCCCGAAAUGGAAACAUAUCCCUUUAAUCCUAUAUAAACCCUGAGACAUAAAUCCAUGUACGAGACGUACAUGUAUCAUUGACGGUAACACCGACCGACCGAACCAUGACCAGGGCUGACAAUCCAACGUAUCUCUGAUCUACAGAUCGCAUUGUUCCAUUCUAAUCAAAUAUCACGGUACAAUAUCUUGAGCGAUUGGUGUGGGUUUUGUUUUGGUGAUACCUCUAGGUAAAUCGGCGUACGUGUCACAUGCUGCUGGAUGUGGACAUUUUGUGUGCGCGUGCGGCACUGCGUCAGGUACCGUUUCCGAUUGAGCUGUGGGAUGCGGUGCUGGGCGAGGUACCGGUUCCUGGUAUAUCCGGUUUCCUGUUGGAUUCUCAUGGCCACCACCGCGUACACUGUUUACAAUAUGACGGGUAAGCCUAGACAAGUCCACCCAGGCACUGUAACUACCAAAGCUCAGCAGUCGAUGGUCCUGGUAGUGGCGUACAUGCGCAGUGGUUCGAGUUUUUUGGGCGACAUCCUCCAGCAGCACGACUCCAGUUUUUAUGUUUAUGAACCUCUGAAGGAUGCCGUGGACAGUAUCGACAACAACCGGACUAUAGCCUUCUUAAAUGGGACAGAAAGGUAUAUUCAUACAGCAGAGGAAAAGAUUUCAUUCUUUGUGGACAGUUUGUACAACUGGUUCACCUGUAACUUUAAAGACCUUGACAUUGGUACUCUGACUAGCAGUUACCUGUUGUACUACAGCAGGAGGACAAGAACUUACUCUGGGUGUCUCAAACGAUACAAUCACUCCCUGGACGGAAUUGGCUACUGUCUUCAUCAUCUCAAAGCUACAUGUGUACCCGCCCAGCUAAGGGCUAUCAAGUCCAUCAGGAUCAACAUGGAUACUGUGUAUCUACUACAGCAGCGACUUCCAUAUCUCAAGGUCAUUCACGUCAUCCGUGACCCCAGAGGUAUCAUGAACUCUAGGUUCAAGGUCAAACUAUCAAAUUGGAUAAAUCUAGAAACAGAAGUUAAUGAACUGUGUAAAAGAAUCACUAAAAAUUUAGAAAUGGCUGCUCAUAUAAAUGAGAAAUACAUGUAUAUAAAAGAAAUUGUGUAUGAACUAUUGGCAGAACAUCCAAUAGCAAUCUCUGAAGAUAUUUACAUAUUUGCUGGACUUGAGUUCAGCCCUGCAGUGAUGAAGCGUGUGUACCGAAUCACCCAUUACCCGCCACUUGCCCGCGACUGUGACUGGUGUACGAAGAAAUCUAACUCCACCAAGACAUCGCUAAUGUGGAGGACACAGAUAGAAGUGGAGCAUGCCUUUGUUAUAGACACUCAGUGUGAUGACUUAUAUAAGAGGAUAGGAUACCUACCUGUACAGGAUCUACAACAGCUCAGAAACCUUAACAUUCCCCUUCGUCUGAAGAUCCUUCCUUCAGGCCCUUUGUGACGUCAAAUUCAAUAAAUCGGUCAGAUUCACAAAACUGCCUGAUUACAUUCUUAUUUCUAAUGUUUUCAUACACUGUAUUUCCUCUAAAUUAUGUUUUACAUUUUCUGCAAUUCAGUCAUUGAGGAAAGUGACAAGGACAUUUCAUCAAAUUUUAUUAUUUAAAUAAACAACAUACUAUCAUUCCAUUUUGCAUAAAUGUUUAUUUCACUAUUAAAAAUUGACUUUAGACUCUUCAAGUCACAAAAUAUCAUGUUGUGAAGUAGAUCUACUAUACAGACAAAGUAAAUAUCAACACACAGGUACAUUUAAACAAAACCUGCUUGUCAACAUACACCUGGUAGUUAUUGUCAAUUAAAAAAGUCGGUUGUCAACAACUCAGACUGACAACCUUCAUACAAGAUACGUGUGUUUAUCAGCAAGAUUCUCAAUGGAAACAAUAAGGAUAUUUGGCUGAAAUCUGUAUCUUUAAUAUAACCUGCAUAUCAUGAUACUGCUUUGGUAAAUCAAAAUAAAAACAGAAAGUCAAGAAAAAA